UGGUGACGAGAGGGAGGGCGGAGCGAGCGGCUCCAUGAUGGCGGCGGGGCUGCAGCCGCGGCGGCGACGACUCCGGGGCCCUGCGUGGCGGCAGGCGGCGGGACUUCCGCGUUGCUCCUGAGGGAAGCGCCGGGGCUUUGCGCUGAUGGGGAGCGGCGGCAGCGGCGGGAGCGGGCGGCGGGAAGAGCAGCAGCAGCAGCAGCGCCGCUUUUGAGCGAGAGGCGAGGGAAGCCAAGCCCAGCCUCGCUUGCAGGGGGCUGGGACCCACCGCCAGGCCGGCCGGCUCGCUCGCUUGCUCGGGGGAGGGGAUGUGGCGGUGGAUCCGUCAGCAGCUGGGUUUUGACCCACCACAUCAAAGUGAUACCCGAACUAUUUAUAUAGCAAAUCGUUUUCCCCAGCAUGGUCAUUAUGUUCCUCAGAAGUUUGCAGAUAACAGAAUCAUCUCCUCUAAGUAUACCGUGUGGAAUUUCGUUCCCAAAAAUCUAUUUGAACAGUUCAGAAGGAUAGCCAACUUUUAUUUUCUUAUUAUAUUUUUGGUUCAGCUUAUGAUAGAUACUCCCACAAGUCCUGUGACAAGUGGAUUGCCAUUGUUUUUUGUAAUCACUGUGACUGCCAUAAAGCAGGGUUAUGAAGACUGGUUACGGCAUAAAUCAGACAAUGAAGUGAACGGAGCUCCAGUUUAUGUCGUUCGCAGCGGUGGCCUUGUGAAAACUAGAUCAAAGAACAUUCGGGUAGGGGAUAUUGUCAGAGUAGCCAAAGAUGAAACUUUCCCCGCCGAUCUCGUGCUCCUGUCCUCCGACAGAGCGAAUGGCUCUUGUCACGUUACAACGGCAAGCUUGGACGGAGAAACGAAUCUUAAGACUCACAUUGCAGUCUCCCAAACGGCAGUAUUGCAGUCAGUUGCCAACCUGGACAAACUUGACGCUGUUAUAGAGUGCCAGCAGCCAGAAGCAGAUCUCUACAGAUUUGUCGGAAGAAUAACCAUCAGUCAACAGAUAGAGGAAGUAGUGCGACCUCUUGGACCUGAAAGUCUCUUACUUCGAGGAGCAAGACUAAAAAACACUAAAGAAAUCUUUGGUGUCGCGGUGUACACAGGAAUGGAGACCAAGAUGGCAUUAAAUUACAAGAGCAAAUCACAGAAACGAUCAGCAGUGGAAAAGUCUAUGAAUUCCUUUUUGAUCAUCUAUCUAAUCAUCCUCCUCUUUGAAGCCAUCUUAAGUACAAUAUUGAAAUACGCCUGGCAGUCUGAAGAAAGAUGGGACGAGCCCUGGUAUAACCAGAAAACUGAACAUGAAAGAAAUAGCAGCAAGAUCUUGACGUUUAUUUCAGAUUUCCUCGCUUUCAUGGUCCUGUACAACUUCAUCAUACCCAUUUCGCUUUAUGUGACGGUCGAGAUGCAGAAGUUUCUUGGCUCUUUCUUUAUCGGUUGGGAUCUGGACCUCUACCACGAAGAAACAACCCAGAAGGCCCAAGUGAAUACCUCAGACCUAAAUGAAGAGCUGGGGCAGGUGGAGUACGUGUUUACAGACAAAACAGGCACAUUAACUGAAAACGAGAUGCAGUUUCAGCAGUGUUCCAUUAAUGGUGUCAAGUACCACGAGAUCAAUGGCAAGCUGGUUCCAGAAGGGCUGAUUGAGGACAUUCCAGAUGGAAUAAGACCCGGUCUGGCACAAGAGGAGGAACUCUUCCUGAAAGCUGUUUCUCUCUGUCAUACAGUGCAGAUUAAUAACGACCAAGCUGACGGCAUUUGCGACAAUCCUUGGCACACCAACAGCAUAGCCUCUCAGCUGGAGUACUAUGCCUCUUCCCCGGAUGAGAAGGCUUUAGUUGAAGCUGCCUGCAGGAUUGGUGUGGUGUUUACUGGAACCGAUGGAGAAAGUAUGGAGAUAAAAAGCCUUGGGCAUCCAGAAAGAUACAAAUUAUUACAUGUCCUGGAGUUUGAUCCCUGUCGCAGAAGAAUGAGUGUCAUUGUAGAGAGUCCAUCAGGUGACAAGCUGUUAUUCACCAAGGGGGCCGAAUCGGCAAUUCUUCCUUACAGUACAAGAGGAGAAAUAGAAAAAACGAGAGUUCACGUUGAUGAAUUUGCUUUGAAAGGGUUAAGAACUCUCUGUGUGGCCUACAGAAGAUUCACGCCCGAGGAAUACGAGGAGGUAGACCAGCGCCUUUACGAGGCAAAAACCGCCUUGCAGCAGCGGGAGGAACGGUUGGCAGAAGCAUUUAACUUUAUAGAGAAAGACCUGGAACUGCUGGGAGCUACAGGAGUGGAAGAUAAGCUCCAAGACAAAGUGCAAGAAACCAUCGAAGCCCUGAGGCUGGCAGGCAUCAAAGUGUGGGUGCUCACCGGUGACAAGCAUGAGACGGCGGUCAGCGUCAGCUUAUCCUGCGGGCACUUCCACAGAACCAUGAACAUCCUGGAACUUGUCCAACACAAGUCCGACAGUACCUGCGCAGAGCAGCUGAGGCAGCUGGCCAGGAGGAUAAAGGACGACCACGUCAUCCAGCAUGGACUGGUGGUGGAUGGGACCAGCCUGUCCUUGGCGCUCAGGCAGCACGAGAAGCUCUUCAUGGAAGUCUGUCGAAAUUGCUCUGCAGUGCUAUGUUGCCGCAUGGCGCCUCUGCAGAAGGCAAAGGUUGUGCGACUGAUAAAAACAUCUCCAGAGAAACCGAUCACGUUAGCCAUUGGUGAUGGGGCUAAUGACGUUAGCAUGAUACAAGAAGCCCACGUCGGCAUAGGUAUCAUGGGCAAAGAAGGGCGGCAAGCUGUAAGAAACAGUGACUAUGCAAUUGCAAGAUUUAAAUUCCUUUCGAAGCUGCUUUUUGCCCAUGGCCACCUUUAUUAUAUUAGAAUAGCAACCCUUGUACAGUACUUUUUUUACAAGAAUGUGUGCUUUAUUACACCACAAUUUUUAUAUCAGUUCUAUUGUUUGUUUUCACAACAAACUCUAUAUGACAGUGUAUACCUGACUUUGUACAACAUUUGUUUCACUUCCUUGCCGGUCCUCAUGUACAGUCUUUUUGAGCAGCACGUGCACCCUCAUGUGUUGCAGAGCAAGCCAGCGCUCUACCGAGACAUUAGUAAAAACGCCCACUUGGGCUACAAGCCUUUCCUUUACUGGACCUUCCUGGGAUUCGCUCAUGCCUUUGUUUUCUUCUAUGGGUCCUACCUUCUGAUGGGGGAAGACACAUCUUUGCUGGGGAAUGGCCAGAUGUUUGGAAACUGGACAUUUGGUACUCUGGUAUUCACAGUUAUGGUGAUAACUGUUACGAUGAAGAUGGCUUUAGAGACUCAUUUCUGGACUUGGAUCAAUCAUUUUGUUACCUGGGGCUCCAUCGCGUUUUACUUUGUCUUCUCCUUGUUCUAUGGGGGAAUUAUAUGGCCGUUUUUGCACACCCAAGACAUGUACUUUGUCUUUGUCCAGCUGCUGUCUAGCGGCUCUGCUUGGUUUGCCAUAAUCAUCAUCGUGGUUGCGUGUCUGUUUCUCGACGUUGUGAAAAAAGUGCUGUUCAGACACUUACAGCCCACGUGCACAGAAAAGGCCCAGAUGUACUCCAGCCGAGUGGCUUUAAGUGACGAAUGCAUCGCACUGCAGCCAUUGUCCAGGGCAACGAGUCAGCUGAGCAGAAUUAGCUUACUGAGACAGGCCCAGGUCUCAGCUGCCUGGACUCCAUGUGCUGCAUCUCAGACGGGGAAGCAGCGUGCGCAUCUCUUAGAAGAAUGCUGGAACGAGUGAUGGGAAGGUGCAGCCCGGCCCGUGUCAACAGGUGUGGAAUUUCUCUCAAUUGCUUAUGCUGCAGACGAUUCUCCUAUAAACUGGAACGCGACGAGCCUGCGGCUAUAGAUGUCUAGCAAACCGGCAGCAGGUCUCAUGGCGUGCCGCUCAUAGGCACUCGGGGAUCCUAAAAAUCAGUAUAUUUGCUUUGGGGGAGCACUUUUGAGGGGGAGAGAAGAAGGGAGGUGUCUUUUUUUUUCUCCUUUCUUUUCCCUGAAGACUUGCUGCUGAAUUACUUUCUUCCCAGUGAGGUCUUCUCACUAAUACAGCGAUUGCCUGCGUUGAUUUGGACGUACGCGUGAAGCUCCGCACGAGCAGAGGCUCUCCCGUUCUCUGCGGAAUCAGCCGGUGAGCUGCGUGCAUGCCGGUGAUGGGAACAGAGAGUUCCUGCUUGUGCGCAGCUUCACGCGUGCGCCGCAGCCCUGUGGAGCUCCACAUUGCAUCCUUUUUGUGUGCAUACACAAGUACGCCUGCGUGGAGCUUCCCGUCACAUCCUUUUGUGUUUGCCUACACAAAAACAGCCGCGUGGAGCUUCACAUCGCUUUGUGUGUGUGUGCACAAAUGCAGUCUUCUCCCUCUGUUUUGUACCUCCCCUUUUUCCUCGAAGUUUGACUGCUGCCUGUUUUAUUUCCCUGAUUUCACCUUUUCUAGGCUUCACCAAUCAGCAAAACCAUCAACCUGCCUUUGAUCGAUCCCUGUGUAUGCAAUAAGGGUUCACGUUGCAGCUUCUGCUUCUGCCGUUAUAGAAUUGUAUUUUCUCCCCUGAACUAUAACUUCCUUGGCAAAAGGAAAAGUUUUAGGGGGUUGGGGUUUUGUUUUUGUUUUUGCUUUGAGGGAUUUUGUUUUUCAUUGGCAGUGUAAAACAUUUUUUUUUUAAAAAAAGAAUAUGGAAUACUACUUUUAUACUCUUUCUUAAAAAACGAAAAAACUAGACAGCCAAAGCCUCCCGAACUUUUGAUGAAAAAGCGAGUCAGGCCUUUUUUGUACUUCUGCUAUUGUUUUGAGUGCCGUUCAGAAAUACAUGCUACAUAUAGACAACCCAUAAAGAAAUGAGGAAGCCUCCCUUCAGAAAAACACCUGCCCCCGCAAAAGUCUUAUUGUCUCCAGCAGUUUUGCAAUCCGCAGAGUCGAGGCCUUGCCCUUUCCAGGCGGGUGUGGGAGUGACAGAGAGCCAAACGACCAGAAAUAGUUGAGCAGUUCAACAAAAACCGCCUUUGGCAUUUGAUGCCUGAAAAAAAGCUUCUGAUUCACAUCUUGGCGUUCCGCUACUUAACGCCCAGCUGACACGUGGGUCUGUCUUUCUCGAAAGAGGAUCAAAGGGUCUGCUAAGAGCUUAUAUAUACACACACACACACAUACAGGGGUGGAAUUCUAGCAGGAGCUCCUUUGCAUAUUAGGCCACACACCCCAGAUGUAGCCAAUCCUCCGAGAGCUUACAAAGAAGAGCCUUGUAAGCUCCAGGAGGAUUGGCUACAUCAGGGGUGUGUGGCCUAAUAUGCAAAGGAGCUCCUGCUAGAAUUGCACCCCUAUAUAUAUAUAUUUGCCACCCAGCUUUGGCGCUUCCAGUUGGACACAUAUCCAACAGGGCAGCUUUUUUGACUGAUGCAAAGAGGGUCCCUUCAGCUAGCUAAUGCUCAGUUAUGGGUGAACACAAAGACAGGAGUGGUGUCUCCAUGAACACUAUGCUCCAGUUUAUUCCGAGAGACCACUUGGGUGAGCUUUCCCUUUUUCCGGUUCCAGCAAAAGCCAGGAAAAAUCCCAGAGAGGUUAAUAGCAGCCAUUGGAAGGGUAAAAGCUGCAACAUCCUUUGUGUGACUGAAAGCAAUUAAUGGAUCCAUUCUGCCAUUACUGUCUGUCCUGACUUUACUUUCCAGUGUUAACUUUGUCCUCUGUCGUUUGUUUCUCUGUUUCGUCUUCUUUUUUAAAAAAAAAAUACUUGCAUUAAC